AUGGAUGCCCCUGACCCUAUACCUAAGGCUGAACAGCCAGCACCUCAUUUACAACUGGAGGACCGAGGAGCCCCAGUCAAUAAAGACCUCAUGGUCAACAUCCGGGCCUUCUUCUGGACUGAUCUGGAGGUGGCCCAGGUGGAGGUGAUAGCGAUUACCGAAGACAUCUCCUCUCUCUCGCAAUGCCUGGCUGGUACAGCAGAACAGGUCCAACAUUUACAGACCUCACACAUGGCCAUGCACGUGAUGGAUACACACUAG